AUGGCUACACUAAGCCUACGUCCAUUAGUGAUUUCAACUGGUGCCAUGUUGUUCCAUCUCUUCAUUUUUGUCCUUCUGUUGUGGCCAACAGAGUCCUCAGGAGGUACCUACACAGCAGUGGUGGGUCAAAAUGUCCUUUUGCCAUGUUCCUAUGUGGUUAAGUCAGAAACCGAACUUGUGCCCAUAUGCUGGGGUAGAGGGUCCUGCCCUACUUUUGGUUGUUAUGAAGAAUUUCUCACGAUUGAUGAACAGCAAGUGAUACAGCAAAAGAAAAAGAGAUACCAUUUAAAGGCCAAUCAUCUUGAAGGGGAUGUGUCCCUAACAAUUGAGAAUGUAGAAGAAGCAGACAGUGGGAUUUAUUGCUGUAGGAUACAGUUUAAAGGUCUGUUUAAUGACCGAAGAACAUCCCUGAAGUUAGUGGUCAAACCAGCUGAGACAACCACCCUCAGACUUCAACCACAACAGACUUCAAGAAAUACCCAGUCUAAUAAUUCAACGGGAUACAAUUUUACCACUGAGUAUGGCUUUAGUUGCAGUACGGAAAAUUUGGAAAAAACUUCACCAGCUAACAAAUUACAAAACCUUGAUGACUUCACAAAUACUGGGAUAUUCAUUGGUGUUAGCGUCUUUAUAAUGCUCGUUUUAGCUCUUGCCCUUGUUACCUUGAUUCUCAAAAGGCAUUCUUAUAGCAAAAAGAAGUUGCAGAAUUCCAGUGUAAUCUUCAACUCAAAUCCACUCCCCAAAAGUAUAAGAGAGAUAGCAGGAGAGAGGAAUCAAGCUGAAGAAAAUCUCUACACCAUAGAAGAGAACAUUUAUGAAAUUCAGGAUGAAUGUGAAUAUUCAAGAACAUGAUGACUUUAGAAACCAGAAAUAACUCUAAUGAUCUUGCUUUUCUUAUUUCAAGCCCACUGGUCAACCUUAGAUGACCAUGCCAUCCCAUUCCUCAAAUAGCUUUGGUCUCUAUUUCAUAUAGGAUAAAAUAUAAAUUCUUUUAUCUGGAAUUUAAAUCCUUUACAAUCAGGCUCCAAACUACCUUUCCAAAAUGAUUUCACGUUAUUCCCCUUCAUGCACUCUCCAGUUCAGCUACACUGGUCUACUAGCUGUUCCCUGAACAUGGCAUUCAGUCUCCCACAUGUGCAUCUACACAUCAGCUGUCCAUCUUCAAUGUCUGGAAUAUACAAAGGGCUUCAUUUCCUCCAAGGCUGGACUCAGGUGUCACUUCUUUUCUCCAGCCUUCUCUGAUCCCCUUCCAACUGCCCCUUAUUCUUAUUCUUUAGUCCUUAGUGUUUUCUGCCUUCUCAGAUGAUCUUGUUUUCACUUAUCUGUGCAUGCAUCACAUUUCUUAACAGAAUGUAAACUCCUUAAGGACAGGGAUGUUUGUGGUUUUUUGUUUUCUAAUCUUUGUGUUUCUAGAGAUAGCACUGUGCGUUGUAUAUGGUAAGUGUUUAAUAAAUUUUAUAAAGCUUGAGUUGAAUUGAAUUGGCAGGAAAGUAGGUAACAUCAUAGCAUCAUGCAAACAGAUCAUCCACCCAAGGAGAAACCUGCAUAUAGUAAAUGCAUUGUCAACUGUGGGAUUAUAGGAAAAAAAAUUUCUUUAUUUUGCAUGAAAUUAGCUUUAUAUGAAUGUUUUAUCAUUUUCACUACUUAAUACAAUGGGAAGCUAGGUGGUAUAGCGAAU